AUGGGCGGUAAGCGGGUUUAUCCACCUCCAUCGCCGCCUGUCACCUUCUUUGCGGGCUUCGCUGCAGGUGCCAUACAAUCCGUUGUCGCAGCGCCCCUGGACGCCAUACAAGCCCGGUCAAGGACCAGCGAUAUGAUAAACGGCCAGUACCGCAGCGCAUGGCAUUAUGGCUGGGAUAAACUCAAAACGCUCGGUGCUCGUGGGGUAUUUUCUGGCUGGACACUGUCCUUCUUGAAAGACAGCCUUGGAUCGGCAGUGUUUUUCAGCUUGUUCGAAACUGUCAAGGCACAAGGAUAUUACCAUUUUAUUACCCGAUACUAUGGCUCUCUCCAGGCGACCUCCAUCCAAAAACUUUCCUCACCUACUCAGCCCGGUGAAAUUCCUGUGAUCAAGCCGCAUUAUGCCCUGGAGCCCGCAUUCCUCAUGCUGGCUGGAAUCACAGCUACCAUCUUCCAGCAAGCCGUUCUACAUCCGCUAAGCCUGGUGCAAAAUAUCUAUUACCGGAACCUAGACCACCUUGAUAAACGGGUCCGUCAUUCUCGCUCGGGUAGAGAGAUGAUGGAGCAUCGUGCCAACGCAUAUAUGGAGACAUUCAAGAAAUGUCAACGCCAGGUGCGGCGAAUAGGUGGUUGGCGAACAUGGCUGUAUGGGGGGUUCUUCAUGAAUACCCUUCGCCAACUUCCAAGCACCAGUGCCGGCCUGAUCAUCUUCGAACUUGUUAGGCGCAAGUAUGGCGUGCCCACUGAUGCUGUGCACAUCCAACUUGACGGAUACGAUAUUAUCCUUACUUGA